GGAAAGCCUGUAUUCACCAGCUCAAAGGUAAUGCAGGAUAAAAGAAACAGUAGAAGACUUGGGGGAAAGCCUGUAUUCACCAGCUCAAAGGUAAUGCAUGAUAAAAGAAACAGUAGAAGACUUGGGGGAAAGCCUGUAUUCACCAGCUCAAAGGUAAUGCAUGAUAAAAGAAACAGUAGAAGACUUGGGGGAAAGCCUGUAUUCACCAGCUCAAAGGUAAUGCAUGAUAAAAGAAACAGUAGAAGACUUGGGGGAAAGCCUGUAUUCACCAGCUCAAAGGUAAUGCAUGAUAAAAGAAACAGUAGAAGACUUGGGGGAAAGCCUGUAUUCACCAGCUCAAAGGUAAUGCAUGAUAAAAGAAACAGUAGAAGACUUGGGGGAAAGCCUGUAUUCACCAGCUCAAAGCAGCCGAGGGGUGUAAGAUGCCCUUGAGUUCCUGCAGCUCCUUGUGAAAGACCUCUUGUCCACAGGACCAUUUGGGUCAUCAGGAACACAGGGAAAGGAAGUUGCACUGCAGUUACAUCAUCAGCCACCAUGAAGUCAGACGGGCUGGGGACGCCAGGCCUCCCAUCCACCGCAGGGAGAGGGACUGGUGCUACCAAGCCUGGAGACACUGGCCCAUUCAGGGCAAAGAACGUCAAGACCAAGCAGCCAGGCGACCACCAGAGCACCACGGCUAAAGCCAAGACUACAACCUCUGCAUCAGCCAAACCAGUGCUCAACGGUACGGCUGGCCCAGGGGGGGCUAGGAGGGAGGUAGCCACCGCUAACGGACCCAGGGGGUCCCCAACAGGUGGGAAGGGGACGAAGGACCAGGACAGGAAACCUAGCCCUAACCCUGGAGCCAGGCCCAAGACCUCUCCCUCAGGCACCACCUCCACAGCUCAGGCCAGGCCAGGGAAGCUGCAGAAGAAUACAGCAGGGAAGGGUGACUCUCUUCAGGGGGCAGACAGCAGCAUGGCCCACCCCGCAACUACCACCCCCUCCACAUCAGGCAGUGCCUCUCCUGACAACAGUUUCGGAAGCCCACGCAACUGCCCCACCAUGCCAGAUCUUAAGACAAAAACCCAGGCUAAAGUUCUGACCAAAUCUCCACUGACCAAACCCCCCCAGAAAACAGACACCACAAAGACCAACAGCCCUACCAAUAAGCCUAGCACCAGAGAGGCCAAUAAAGCCAAGCUCCCCGCUACAGGAAGAACAACAACUGUAGGAACAGGAGCCAGAGCAGACACAAAGGGGAUGAGCACACCAACAGGCUCAGCUGAGAACCAGGUCUCCAGACCUGGGUCAUCCCUGAGUGCCAGAAAGCCUGCGUCUCCCAGGAAAGAGGAGGAUAAGGAUGGUUCCAAAGUCUCAGCAGACAAAGCAGCCAGGAAGACCACAAAAACCACCCCAGCUACCGCAGCCACUGCCAAAUCUACUUCUAAACCAGUAAAAGCCAUCUCCAGCUCCUCUCCUUCCAAACAGCCUCCACUUGCAAUGGCCAAACCUGGGCCAAAGCAGAAUGCUACCUCUGAAUCUCCUACAGAGAAAGCCUCACCCAAGUCAGCGGGGCCAGUUAAAAACGUAUCCUCUGUCAUUUCAUCCAAAAAGAAUGCAGCUAAAGAGAAAGAGGGAUCUAAUGGUAAAACCUCUACAGAGACCCAGCAGGCUAAUGACACUGGUUCCGGAGCAGAGAGGGUCUCCUCACAUUCAGAUCCCAGAGAGAAGGCCUCAGAGCCAGUAGCAACAUCCACAGAGCAGAGUCCAGCUCAUAAAAUCCCACUACCACCAUGCCCCCAGGGCCACAGUGGAGGAGGAGACUCCCUCUCCUUACCCCUGAACGCCAGCCCUACGCUAAGUCCUCAGAAAUCUGCCAAACAACCAGGUAAACCUAACUGCACAAGAGGAGUCAGGGCUCUGUCCAAUCAGCCACCAGCAAUCAACCACAUAUUUAAUGGGAAUAACCAUGUAAGCGGAGAGCCUGCUAAGCGCACAGAGGGGACACACACAUGUAAACACACUCCUGGCUCAGUCACAGACCUUCCACUGGACACCCCAACUCCAGGCAGCCCUCUGGAGGACUCGUGGAGCAGCCUGCACCACCAGGUCAGUCCCGAGUCAGAAUCCGGCAGUGCCACCACCUCAUCAGACGACAUCAAGCCUCGCUCUGAGGACUACGACGCCGGGGGCUCCCAGGAUGACGUGGAUGACUGCUGCUCCAACGAGCGCGGCGAAUCCAAAGGGGGCGGCACCAUGCGUUGCCAUGACUUCCUGGGUCGCAGUAGUAGUGACACGAGUACGCCUGAGGAGCUGAAGAUGCUGGAUGGUGGACUGCGGGUCGAGGUGAGGCUGAAGGGGUGUGAGGUAGAGACCAGCGAGGAGGAAGGGGUGAAGCAACGCCCGCGCUCCUGGCUGAGCAGGGACCGAGACGAGGUCCCUGUUGAGGAGGAGGUGCAGGCCAAUAUUACGGUGAAGCAGGUCCCCGACAGCCAGCUCUUCUCCUCUGAGGAGUCCGAGGAGUCUGAGGAAGAGGAUGAGAGGUCAGAGGUGGAGGUUCUUCCUGUUCACCAGGCCCCUCUGCCUCCUGCCGAUCCCUCUUCUCAAUUCCAGGGCAUUGUGAACAUGGCCUUCGAGGAUGGAGCUGACCCUGGUCAAGUCAAUGAACAGCAGCAGCAACUGGACUACCAAUCAGCCUCUAACUUCCGCCGCUCUGUUCUGAUCUCUGUUGACGAGUGUGAGGAGCUGGGAUCAGAGGAGUGCGGGGUGCAGACUCCGCCCCAGCAACAGCUUGAUGACCCCCUCACGCCCUGCGACGUCUUCGGGAGCAACCCUUCUCCGGCCCCUCAGUCAGUCCCCAACUUUGUCUCUCACUCUGGGGGGCACCUGGCAUCGGACUUUCCCAAAAGCACACCUCAGCAGCAGCAGGAACAAGGCAACGAGUACGAGUCCAACAACGACAAACCCAACAAACCUAUUGUUUUCCUCACUGAGAUCCAAGAUCCUCUGGUAGAUGACCAUAACCCCACCAAAGUGGAGGGAGUAGAGCCCAGCCCUGGUUGCCCUUCUCUGGACCAUGACCCCACUGACCUGCCUCCCCAAGAGCGAGAGAGACCCUGCCACCUAGAACUCCGGCCUGCUGAAAAGUACAGCAAUGGAGGAUCACCACGCAAGAACCCCUCAACCAAGCCGAGCCAAGCAUCUGUACCUGUGCACGUAGACAGCAAGAGAUCAGACUUACAUACAGACUUAAAUGACCCUCAGCCGAAAGGGGGCUCUCCUAUACAUGCAGCUAUCCCACAAUCCCCAGCAGGUAAUGUAUAAUGAUCUACAUCUAGGAACCCACCUAAUUUAAACCCUGUAGCCAAAGCCCUCACCCAUUCUCCCUCCCCACCCAGCCAAACUCCAUUAGUCAAGUCAUAGUUAGUUAAUUAGUUCUCCCUUUGUAUCUUGCGAUCUCCUCUGUCUGAUAUAACAUGAUGCUCAGACUAUUCAUUUGCAUUAUGACACGUACACUUAUCCCCUUCCUCUCAAAAUGAAUAUAAUACAGAUUACUUGACUAGUUCAAAUUCAAAUUGGAUAAGGGGUCGUUUUUUUAUAUGCCCAUAUAGUGUAGCCGAAAGCUUGUUAUUAAUACACAAAACAUCUGUGUACCAGUCCUUUGAUUUGAAUUGGUAACACCAAUAUCAGUAAAAAAUGGAGAUUGGUCAAUCUAGAAACGUGCAGAAGUAGCUUAGCUAUAAUCAUCUUAUAACAACUGAACUACCUUUUUCAGAGGCUUUCUGACCUUGACUACUUAGAUUACUUAUGGAAAGAAAAAGCAAUGUUGAUUUCAAUGAGAAAUGAUACUAAAAUAUUAAGGCUGAGUCCUAAAUGGCACCCUAUUCCCUUUUAUAAGGCACUACUUUUGACCACGGCCCGUAAGGUCAAAAGUAGUGCACUGUGUAAGGAAUAGGGUUCCAUUUGGGAUACAUAUUUAGUGUAAAGUAGUGUGUCAUGUGUUGGUUAGAAACCCCCUGCCUUCUGACAAGGUGUGGCGGUCUGAUGUAGGCCUAGUUGUACAAAUGCACUUUGAUGUACAUAAAAAUGCAAAUAUUCAAUGAUUUUUCAUUGUUUCUUUUAGUGAAUGAAACGAAAUCCAACAACAACCAAGAUAUAUAUAUAUUUUUUUUAAUCAAAUGACACAAUAAUAUGCAAAGUGGCCAGUUGAUUUGGAGGGUAAAUCCACAAAUACUAAGCUGUCAUUACGACCAGAUUGCUUUUGAGAAAGAUGUCAAUCUUUGUUUUACUUACCUACAGGGACCCUUGCCUACCCAGGAUUGGCUUGUUUUUGUUAUUUAUUGUCAGACCCUUCUAACCUGUAUCUUCUCAACAGUCUGCUUAUCAAAAAGACAUCUGCAUGAUAGUAGUACAUGCCAUUUGUUGUGUCUUUUUAUUUAUUCCACCCAAUAUGUUUGUUUUUACUUCUUUUUUUACUUGUUUUAUUAUGUAAUGCUGGUUUGGUUCAAUAGACGUGUGGUACUGCCUGGUAGUUUUCUGUAUGUGGUGUGUCUAGAACAAUCUUUAUAUUCCAUGUCUCUCUUUUUUCACUCUCAUAUGAUACAGCAAAGCUAUUACUUAGUGAGGGGGCAUUUGGGAUGCAUACUAGUUACGGUCUAUCCCAGUGCAAAACAUAUCAAUCUUGUUUUUGCUGUCAACAGCAAUAAGGGGUCAAUUGUAUCAUCCAUUGCCAGCAUGGAUCUGUUAUUUACAGUGAUAUGGAAGCAGUGUUAAUUACAGAAAGAAACUGUACAUAAAAUCAGAUGGGAAAUGUUAGAUUAACCUAUGUACUUCCCUUUGUGUUGCAAAGUAAAGCAUUUCUGCCUGAAUGUAGGUUUUUGUGACAGUAUUAUAAUCAUAUCUGUACAAUACAAUAGUUCUAUUCAUUAGUUAAAGAUACCUGCACGGUUUAUUUCUUCAAACAUAUCACUGGUGCCUGAGCAAACUGAGUUAUGCAGAGUUAACUAACAAGCGCUGGCAAUGCAAUGAAUGGCUUACUGUGUUUUUUACUGGUGGAUAAAAGAGACACAUCCAGACAACUACAUCCCUCUGUGCUUGACAUUUAAGGCAGCUGUCCAUCCUAUCUGUCACCCACAGUCCAGGUCAGUGACUACUCAUGACUUAUGCAUAUGAUAUAAUUCUACAUUAUGUCAACAAUUUCAUAUUAUAAUCCAUUGGUCUGUAACUAGGUACCAACAAUGGUGAAAUGAGGGCCUCCUGCCUCUCUCCUAGUGGAAUAGAGGACAGGUUAUUGACUCAUCCUGUCAUUUGAUUAUUAAUGGAUGUUAAGAGGACACAGUUGCAUUAAGGGUGAAACUUUAGCCAUCUAAAUGUUGGGAUAAUAACAUAAAAGUGACAUGCAGGAUACCUUUGUAAUGACUAUGGACUUAUGAAUUGUUAUGUCAUUGUCAACUGUUUUUAAGGGGCAUUGAAGGACAAUGAGACAGACUGGAUCAAACAACAACCCCAACCUGUACACAUGACUGACGCUCCUCCAAAGCCCUCUCCACCAACUAUGAACUGAACUUGAGACAAGCUUUUGAGCACCUCAGCUCCUCUGACAACCGCAGCAGGAGGAGCACAGUGGGGUAGGAGGAGGAGAACGACAAAGAGGAAGAUUACAAUGAAGAGAGUGGUAAGUUUGUUGAGUGUGACUGGAGCAUGCUGAAGCAACUCCUCUCGGACCAGGAGUCCAGUCUCUGCUUCAUGAACCCAGUCCCUGAGGACCUAAACCUAGCCCAGUAUCUCAUCAAGUAGACCCUGUCCAUCUCCCGGGACUGCCUGGACACCCAGCAAACCUUCCUGCUCCACGAGAAGGAGACAUUUAAACGAUGGGCAGAGCUCAUAUCACCCCUGGAGGUCCCCACAACCAGCAUCACUGUGACCAGCUUCCCGCCCGAGUAUGCUGCCUCUCUGCAGGGGUAGUGGACCAUCAUGGAGCUAGAAACUUAUCACUGACAAAACCUAUACAGAAUUAAGCACUAAUGGAUCAUCUUGGAGUUAGAAACACAUCACUUGAUUGACAGGUUUAAGGACUAAGGAGACACUAUGUUAACUUCUUUCUGGAUUUAUCAACCUUCUCUCUAGAUUCAUCAACUAAACAACACUUCUUCUGAGACAGACACUACAACAGUACUUUCUAUCAGCGGGACCUGUGACACUUUCUCUCUGGACUUCUGUAACAUGUCUAUGGUUUACUGACAUCUACAGUACCACAAUUAUUCUGUCUUGAUGUUUGAGUCACCCUCUAUGUAUUGGUUGACUGUCUCAUGCUUUUUAUGCUGCUUUUUAUGAGCUUUGAGUUUUUUCGGAUUCUCAAACUGAACUUGUUUGUUUGCAUUCAGUCCCCUUUCACAGUGCUUGACUUGGACUGAAAUAGGUUCCAGUACUAAUUGUGGGUGCAGGUACUGUUUAUAUUUAGGUAAAGGAGCUCCACAACACCUUUCGAUAAGAGGAACAGGAGCUCAAGCCGUAGAACAUUUUAGGUGCCAGAACUCAGCUCCAGUGAGCUCCUGCCCAAGUCAAGCUCUGCCCCUUCAUCAUCUUCAGUUAUAUCCUUAAUACUUAAUGGACUGAGAGUUUAGACACAAAUAAGGUGUUGUGCAUGCGGCCAUUUGUGUAUGUUUAACUGUUUACUUGGUGUUCGCAACCUUCAGAAAGAAGAAAAUAAAAAAUACAUGUUUUUCUCAUG